GUUACCCUAUCCUAGGUAGGUAGUAAACACUACUAGGUAAUUAAACGAAACAUUAAAUCUCCCAACUCCUGUUUAUCAUUCAUAAAUCGUAGAGUAUCAUAGUGUUCGACAACUAUUACACGCAGACAACAUGCAGAUAACGGAUUUCGAAGCCCAAGAAGAGUCUGGACACGUUGACCUGCUUGUCCUUGGAGCGGGUUGGACCUCAACGUACCUCCUACCCCUCCUGAAGUCUGAGGGCGUCAAGUAUGCAGCCACAACGACAGAUGGCAGAAACGGCACAAUUCCCUUUCGAUUUGAUGCCGAGUCUAGCGACCCAGCACCUUUCAAGGCUUUACCGAGAGCUGGAAUGAUAUUAAUUACGUUUCCACUUAAGGGCCAGGGACAAGCCACGCAUUUAGUACAUUUGUACGAUUCUACGCACGGGAGAUCAGAGCAUGGCAAGACUCGCUAUGUGCAACUAGGCGCCACUAGCAUAUGGACAGCACCAUCAUGGCAAGAUGAGUCAUCACCUUACGAGAGCACAAAUCUCCGCGCGAUUGCGGAAGAUGAACUCAUGAGGUGCGCGCAAGGCGCUAUACUAAAUCUCGCUGGACUAUACGGAGGUGUGCGGCAGCCACGAGACUGGGUGGACCGGGUCGUGAAGUCGAAAUCCGAUCUGAAGAAGAAGGGUGCGCUGCAUGUAGUUCACGGCGACGAUGUUGCCAGAGCAAUACUUGCUCUACAUAGGAACUUCACACCCGGAAAGCGCUGGAUUGUGACCGACUUGCAUGUCUACGAUUGGUGGGACUUGACAGAGGAUUGGGCAAACCAGACGCUAAGGGAAGUGGGCACUAACGAUGGACAUACUGAUACCCCAGUAGCUAAGGUUGAGAGGCAGAAGGAGCUGCUGGCAUGGGUAGGCGAACUCAUGAUUGAAGAGGGCGUGCGAGCCCUGCCUAGGGACGCAGCUUCAUUAGGUAGGGUUCUCGAUGGCAGGGGAUUCUGGCAGAAGAUGGGCAUCUGGCCGGCCCAAGGACGAAUUCGAUGAAUUACGAGCUCCUUCAAAUGAUUCACUCGCCGGAGGUUCCAUAUCGCAAGGUUAGCUGUUUAUGCCUUCAUUAAUCUAAACUACUAGUCUAAGCUAUGGAUGCGUUUAUAAAUCUAUCACAAAGGUGGCGCUGUUGUGAUCACCCUAAUUUAGCGACUCCUCCUUAUGGAUCUCUAUGGAUGGCGGCGCACCGACAAGGGUCUUG